GAGCCGGGGCUCAAGGGCCGUGCUCUGGGCUGAGGGCGGCUCUGGUGAGGUGAGGUGAGGUGAGUUGAGGCGGGGCGAGGCGGGGGGCUGCGAGCCGCUUCCUCGCCUUCGGCGGCACUCCCGGAGAGGCGGCACCAAGAGCCGUGCCGCCUUCCCUCCGGCUGUCCUCCGCUGUGGCGGUUGAAACCUGGGUGGCCCAGGUGUGCGUGGAGAGCAGUGCAAUGGCUGUCACUGUACAAGAGUGCCUGGAGCUCCAGCUGCUGGAAGUGGAAAUGCUCCUUUCAAUGUUUCCCAAAAAAGGUGAAAUAAAUCUGGAUGAGGAUGCUGUGCCCAGCCUGCAGCGCUACCUGAGGAACACUGAUGGAGCUCUGCCCCCGCAGCUUGAAUACUCAGUCGCUAUUGGUGUAGGGGAGGAAAAGGUAAAAGUGGAAUUGCAGGUGCUGCUGCCUCAUAUGUAUCCUCAGGUAGCUCCUCAGCUUUUUGCAAGAUCAGAUGCGCUGCACAGGCAGCAACAGCUGCAGCUCAACACUCGUCUCGCUUCUCACAUAAGCUCUUUAGAUUCAGGUGAACUGCGUAUAUGCGAAGCUGUGCAAUGGGUGAAAGAAAACAGCCUCCCUUACUUGGAAAACAGUAAGGUCUCUUCUGAAAGCACUUCAAAAGAAAUCGUUGUUAAAGAAACAUUGCAUCGCAUGUGGAUCUACAGCCAUCACAUAUAUAGGCAGGAAUUGAGGAAGAAGAUUUUUGACUGUGCAAAGAAGUUAAAUCUCACUGGCUUCUGCCUAACAGGGAAACCUGGUGUGAUCUGCGCGGAGGGACUCCGAGAAAACUGUGAAGAGUUUUGGCGUGCGAUUAGGUAUCCCAACUGGAAGCAUAUUUCAUGCAAGCAUGUGGAGAACAUAGAAACGGAGGGAAGCAUCGAUAAUCUUCGUCUCUUUCGUGCUUUUGAAGACCUACAGUUUCAGGCACACGGUGACUAUGGCCUGAGGAACGAUUAUCACAUGGAUCUUGGCCAGUUCCUAGAAUUCCUGAAACAACAUCAAAGUGGACAUAUUUUUCAAAUUUUAUUUGGUGUCGAAGGCAAGCCUGCAGACAAAUAAGAGAAACAGUGUAAGGACUUCUAAUUUUGGCCACCAAGAGAUGAUGCUAAUAUUGAAAUACUGUGCCUUAUAGCUACAGUGAAAAGGGAAGCUGCUAAAAGUACGAGAAGAACAGUUCAAGUAGUUAAUCUUAGCUUCUGUUCUGAUUUUUGAGAGGUGUUUACUUAUUUUCUGAGACCCUGAAAGUGGCAUUUGUCACUAUGAGCCACGCCUCAAAGUGCUUGCAAGGUGAUAAAUAUCCCACACUGUAGUAUCCUGAAUUAUGCACCUAUACUGUACUCCGCAUCACUAAGCUGCGGUGCAGACCUGUAGUUAAUUUCUGCAUAGAGUUGUGGGAUACCACAGUGGCCGCAACGAUUAAUGUGGAUGCCAAUACAAAAGCACACCCAGCUCAAGGAAGUCUCACCGCUACCUUCAUGGCUUUGUGCAUGCGCUGCCUUUUACUGCUUCAGGAAGCAUCUGCUCUCACUUCAUUCAGCUAAUCCAUGAAAUACAAAGGCUUGUGUCCAACUGCAGGACCAAGCUUUGCUUUUGAAUAAAGGGCAGGGAGUGGGAAGGAGCAA